AUGGAAGGUGCAAAAUCCACAGCAAAAACCUGGGCACGAAAGUGCAUUGUGUGUGAUGUGAAUUUUUCUUAUAAACAUGCUUAUAUCCUCCAUCUCUUGGGUAAGCGUCACCAGAAGAAUGUAAGAAAAAGGGAUAGAUCUCAAGUAAAUACUGUGAGAAACAGAACUGUGUGUUUUUCAGGAAGAAGAGAUAAGAUUACCCUGGAGAAGAUUGUGGAAUAUUUCUUGGAAUAUGGAGUCAAUAAUGUUAUUCAGCAAGGAAACACAGUUUUCAUUGAAUUUGACUCAGUAGAGACAGCCAAGAUAGUUUUGGAGAAGAGGAAUUACCACAUCCGUACUGUAUCCCUGAGAGUUUUCCCUAUGAAAGACACCAUUAAAGAUGAAGCCACAAAAGUGCCCAUCAGUCCAUCUCUGAAGAAUUGUAUGUCUCAAGCAGUAUCAGGAAGUGAACUAAUUAAAUAUAUAAGCUUUCUGAUAAAAGAAAUUGAGCUGAAGCCAAGGGAACAUGAAGCAAGAGAAAAUCUCAGAAGAGGCAUUGUCAACUAUUUGACACCCUAUUUUCCUAAAGUAGUUGGACACAUCUUUGGAUCUGCAGCCAAUAACUUGGGUUUUACUGGCUGUGAUGUUGACAUUUACUUGGAUCUUGGAGUAUAUCCAUGGAUAGAAUAUGAGAGUAAAGCAGCAGCACAAGCAGCAGCAAGUGACCUUACAUGGUUUCUAGCAAAGAGAAUCAGACAGUCAGGCCAUGCAAUCAAGGUUGAAGCUGUUCCUAGAGCCCGUGUUCCUAUAGUGAAAUUUCAAGACCGGGCAAGUGGAAUUAUGGUAGACCUUUCAUUUCGACACGGCAUGCCAGUGUACAACACUCAGCUUAUAUACCAGUACACACAAACUCAUCCUUUGGUUCGACCAUAUUUGAUGCUAAUCAGAUAUUGGGCAAAGGUUCAGGGUGUAGCUGGUGGGGGUAAGCCCUCCCUCUUGAUAACCAAUUAUGCAUUAACCAUGAUGAUGCUCUUCCAUCUUAUGCAUAGAGGUGAUCCCAUAGUUCCUUCACUUGCUGCUCUAAGAUGCAACAGAGCAACUUAUACACCAGUUUUCAUUGGUCCAUGGGAUGUUGGUUUUAGUAAUUAUAUGAAUGACUGGUUUGUAAAAGUUCACAGAGUGACUGUAAUGGAUCUUGUUUCAGAGUUUUUCUCCUUUUAUGGUGAAAUGGAUGCUUCACAGUGGGUCAUUAGUCCUCUCACAGGAAUGUUGCUUGCCAGGGAUGAUGUUCUAACAAUGUCUAGAAAUCUGCCUGCAUGUUUGAACACUUACUUGCAACAAGAUGAUAAAAUUCGACUUGACACAGAACUUUGUGUGCAAGAUCCCUUUGAGCAUAGCCACAAUUGCACAAGAGGACUGAUAAAAAGUUCUUUCCUUGAGUUUCAGUACAAAUGUAGAAAAGCUGCAUCAAUAUCUAAAAAUAUUUUGAAAGGGGAACAAACAUUAAAUGAUCUUUUUCAGUCAAUUGAAGUUACACCAGACAUGAUCAGUGAUGAGUGUCAGAGUUCAUCACAGUUAAAGGAAGAUAAUGAAGUCAUAACUCUUGAUGACUCUGAUGUCUCACAAGAUAUUGAAGUGUUAGACAUUCAAGAAGGAUUAGCACAAAGUGAAAAUAUGAUGACAAAUUCUGAAGGAACAUCUGACAUUGAGAUACUUUUGACUACAAAGAGGACACCAGAUAUUGAAAUAUUAUCUGAUCCACAGGAAACAUCACAAGAUCUUGAAAUUUUGGCUAGUUCUCAAGAGUCUGUAGACUUGUCUCAGAACUCCAUAAAAAAAGAACAAGAGUUAGAAUCUUUUAGAAAAAGGACUAAUGAGAAUAAACAGUCAUGUAGUUCAGGUGAGGCUUUUGAGGAUUGUAAGAAAAGCCAGGAUAAGGCGAUGAUUGAUUUAUCAUCGACUACAGGUGAAGGAAGUGGUGCAUCUCAGAUGUCAAUGGAAAACAAUAGUUCACAUCCAUUAAUGCUAAGUAAUUUAGGUGUAUGUUCAAAAUUUUUGUUGGAUUACUCUAAAGUUCCAGUGUUUCUAAUCACACCAGAUGGUAACAUUCACCGAAAAAAUUUGAAUGAACAUGCUGACACAGGACAAGCUGCUUGUUCAUUCAUUCAAUUUGUUUUGCAGCAGUGUUUGAAAAUUGAUCUAUCCACUGUUGAAAAUUGCCUGACUGCUGAAAAGAGGAAGGCUUUAAUGCAAGGUGAUGAGACAACUGUUGAGAAAUACAAAAAAGAAAAUGAUGGAAAUAGUGUUCCAGUACCUUUAAAGUAUCAAAGACUCACAAAGUACAUGUGCAUAGCAAGAAUGGCAUUAUGGAAUGGCAGAAAGAAAAUAUCAAAAACAGUUACAAGAAAACUUAAUGAAUCCCCUCUGCUAUAUGAAUUAGCUGUCACAAGGGCACAACUUGAAAAAUCUGCACUUAUUUAUUUGCCAAAUGAUGACUCAUUGAGCUUUACAAUUGAAGUGUGGCAGGAGCUGGAUAAUUCAAAGAUCAUACAUGUGACUGGAAAAUCAUUAUCUGGCACAAAAGUAACUCAAAGUCAAAUGAUACCAAUGUUUAGUUAUUUUACUUCUUUUUGUCAGAAUCUUUUGAAGAAACUGACUAACUUUAUAGAUACCAACAUACAUUAACUUAGCCAAGUGUAAGAACUAUAAAGCCAGAGUAAAAUUUAGUUUAUUUGUGAAGUUUUGUACCAUAUCUAUAUGGUGUAGAUAUAUAUAGACAUAUUUGUGAGAGAAGUGUUCAGAAUGUUCAAAUGCAUAUUUUGCCUUUGAAGUAAUUUACACUAUAAUAAAACUCAGAAUAAAUAAUAAAAACCUGG